AUGGCAGGCAUACUCUCCCUGGGGCACCAAGUACAUGGAUGUGGGCCGCGAAGCGUGGCCGCUUUCCAGACAGCAGGAACCUGCGGCAUCCCUCACCCAUUCCAACCGACCAAAGCUGCGGGGCUUGGCUCUGCCCGGCGGCACGUAAGAGGGCUCCUGGGAUACAAGCGCGGCGCCAGCCAGCGCCGCGGCAGCAGCUUGGUCGUGCACGCUGAGCGCGACUUUUACGGCAUCCUGGGCGUCAGCCGCGAUGCGGACAAGAAGACCAUAAAGAGCGCAUACCGCCAGCUGGCGAGGAAGUGGCACCCGGAUGUGAACAAGGAGGCAGGGGCAGAGGACAAGUUCAAGGACAUCUCCGCGGCCUACGAGGUGCUGUCAGACGACAAUAAGAAGAGCGUGUACGAUCGAUUCGGGGAGGCCGGUCUCCAGGGGGGCGGCGGCAGGCCUGGUGGUGCCGGAUUUGAGAGCAACCCCUUCGACAUCUUUGAGUCGUUCUUUGGCGGCAUGGGCGGCGGCAACCCCUUCUCUGACGCGUUUGGGGGUGGCGGUGGACGGGGCCAGGCUCGGGACCCGAGGGUGCCAGGGGACGACAGAGGUUUUGGGCUGCAGCUGGACUUCAUGGAGGCCGUCUUCGGCUGCAACAAGGAGCUGGACAUCAGCCACCUGGAGUCGUGCGGCACCUGCUCUGGCUCCGGGGUCAAGGCCGGCACCACCCCCACCACCUGCAAGACCUGCGGCGGGCAGGGCCAGGUGGUGCAGGCAGUGCGCACGCCGCUGGGCAUGUUCCAGCAGGUGGCCAGCUGCCCGACCUGCGGCGGGUCGGGGCAGGAGUCGACGCCCUGCGGCACCUGCGGCGGCGACGGCCGCGUGCGCGCCAAGAAGAGGAUCAGCCUGCGGGUGCCGCCAGGGAUCGACUCGGGCAGCCGGCUGCGCGUGCGGGGCGAGGGAGAUGCAGGGAAGAGGGGUGGCGAGCCCGGGGACCUGUACGUCAUGCUGACCGUCAAGGAGCACCCCACGCUGCGGCGGGAGGGCCAGACCAUCCACUCCGACGUGCGCGUGCCUUACACCGACGCCAUCCUGGGGGCGUCGGUCAGCGUGACCACGGUCGACGGGGACGUGGACCUGAAGGUGCCGGCGGGGACGCAGCCGGGGACCACCCUGGUCAUGGCCAAGCGCGGCGUGCCCAAGCUGGGCAAGGCGGGCGUGCGAGGAGACCACCUGGUGCACGUCCAGGUCAGCAUCCCCAAGACCCUGAGCGGCGAGGAGCAGCGGCUGGUGGAGCAGCUGGCGGAGCUCAGCUCCAAGGAGUCGGGCAAGAAGAGCGGGGCCAAGGCGGGGUGGUUUGGGUGA